AUGUUGGGCGCGCUUAAGACUGACUCCCCGCACUUUGUGCUUUUGACGCAAGGAAAACUGUUCCGAAGUAAAGGUGUAGAGACUUCCCCCAUUUACAGAGUGGAAAAUGCAUUGAUUAUAAAUGAAUACCAUCCGCUUUUGCACCGCGGCUUCCCGGCAUACAAGGAUCGUCGGACGACAUCUCCAACGGGCACUUGGGUAGUGAGAUUCAGAGUUUUAAAAGGAUAUUGGGAGAAAAAGUCGUGCAAAGACGAUGAACCGUGUGCACAUCGCGAGUUGCGGGUUUUGUACUAUGAUGCAAAUACAUCGAGGGUAAAAUGGGUGUAUGGGUCCGCUGGCCGAAGCUUUGAUAGAAAACGUAAACAAAUCAAAAUUAAGAUCAAACGGCGGCUGCCAUUCGCGACAAACGUGGCAUCGAACGCUUCGACAGGCCCCAGUCAUGCUGCGAACUCCGGCGUAUCGAUACCAGCCGCCCAAGUAUGGGUCAGGCCCUGA